GGUCAGUACGUCACCGUGCAGACAACGUUUGGUCUGGUGGUGCGUUGGGAUGGAAACCAUUAUGCCCAGAUCAGUGUUCCUAGUUCCUACUACGACCAGAUGUGCGGUCUCUGCGGGGACUACGAUGGGAACGGAGACAAUGACUUCACUAAACCAGAUGGCACUCUGGUAGGAAAUGUCAAUGACUUUGCAAACAGCUGGCAGACAGACGAGGAUGAGGAUGACACGGAGUGUAUCAAAGUGGUGGAUCCUACUCCAUUCUUCCAGAGUUGUGUGUUUGACAUGUGUCAGUUCCAUGGCCAGCAGCAUGUGCUGUGUGACCAACUCCAGGCCUACACUGAUGCAUGCCUGAGAGCCGGAGCCACGGUCCACCAGUGGAGGACACCAGAGUUCUGCCCCCUGGCCUGUCCACCCAACAGCUCCUACUCCCUGUGCGUCAGCUCAUGUCCUGAGACAUGUCUGGGAGUGAUCGGAUCGCCUGGCUGUGAAGACGUAUGUGUGGAGGGUUGUGCGUGUGACCCGGGUUUCAUCCUCAGCGAUGACAAAUGUGUGGCAUUGAAGGACUGUGGUUGUGUGGACACCGAUGGAUCGUAUCGUCCUGCGGGUGAUGAGUGGUACGAGGAAGGUUGUGAGCAGAAGUGCAAGUGUCACAGUGGAGGUGUGAUCCAGUGCCAGGAUACCAGCUGUAAACCAACCACUGAGAUCUGCCAGCUACAUGAUGGAGAAUACACAUGCCAACCUCUGGGAAGUGGUAUCUGCUCGGUAUCCGGUGAUCCUCAUUACAACACCUUUGAUAAACACACCCACCAUUAUAUGGGAGCCUGCUCCUACACCCUGACCAAACCCUGCAAUGCUUCCUCUGGCUUGCCCUAUUUCACUGUUGACACCCAAAACGAGCACAGAGGAAGUAAUAAGAAGGUUUCGUACGUCCGGGCUGUGGUGAUCAAUGUGAAUGGUGUCACUGUCAUCUUGGGCAAGGGCCGCACAGUCCAGGUCAAUGGGACUGUCGUUGUUCCACCUGUUACCUCAAUCAGUGGAGUUAAGAUCUACUUCAGUGGAAAGUUUGUUGUCCUGGAGACAACCUUUGGCCUGAGGGUGCGUUUUGAUGGUAACCACCACGCUGACGUCACUGUGCCAGACUCCUACCAAGGCCUGCUCUGUGGAAUGUGUGGAAAUUUCAAUGAAGAGCCCAAAGAUGACAACUUGAAACCAGACAAUACACCAGCCGCUAACAGCAACGAGCUGGGAGACAGCUGGGCGGUUCCAGACUCACGGCCUGACUGUACUAACGGUGGAGGAGAGGACGACUGUGAUGAAAAGGUGGAAGAAGAGGCCAAUAAGCCCACCAGCUGUGGCAUGAUCACCGAUCCCAAUGGAAUCUUUAAGCCCUGCCACUCUGUGGUGCCCCCUGACCCAUACUUUGGAAACUGUGUGUAUGACAUGUGUGCCACUGGAGGUGAGGCCGUGGCCCUGUGCCAGGCCAUAGAGAGCUAUGCUGACCUGUGUGCUGCUGCAGGAGUACCCAUUGCUUGGAGAAACAACACCUUCUGUCCUCUGAAGUGCCUUCCUGGCAGUCAUUACGACCCAUGUGGCCCUGCCUGCUCCCAACCCAGCUGUCAGGACCCUGCAGGCUCUGAAGGCUCCUGCAACCAUCCCUGUGUGGAGGGUUGCAUCUGUGACUCUGGCUUGGUGCUCAGUGGAGACAAGUGCGUACCAAUCAACGAGUGUGGAUGUCACGAUGAAGAUGGAAACUACCGGCCGACUGGAGACACUUGGUUCUCAGAGACUGACUGCUCAGAGCGCUGUAAAUGUAACGGAAAUGGCAACAUUACCUGUGAGCCCUGGCAGUGCAGCCCUGCACAGGAGUGCAAAGUGGUGGAAGGAGUGCUGGACUGUCACUCUACAGAUAAAGGAAUAUGUCAUGUAGCUGGAGAUCCUCAUUACUACACUUUUGAUGGGGUGAUGCACACAUUCAUGGGCACCUGCACUUACACUCUUGUGGAGGUGUGUAAUACCACCAACGUAACUCCCUUCAAAAUAGUGGCUAAAAAUGAGGAACGAGGUCAACCAGAAGCCUCCUAUGUUCGUUCUGUCAAAGUCUACCUGCCCCAUGACACUGUCGUUGAACUGCAGAAGGCCCGCAGAGUUUUGGUAAAUGGACGGCGGGUGCGAACCCCAAUUUCUGUUGAUGUGGCCGGAGCCAAAGUGAUAUCCAGUGGAUCCUACAAUCUGCUGGACACAAACUUUGGUCUGCAGGUGAAGUUUGAUGGAGUCCAUCACUUGGAGAUCACUAUUCCUGGAGAAUAUUUCAGCAAGGUGUGCGGCAUGUGUGGAAACUACAACCACGACUUGUCUGAUGACGACCUGAAGCCCGACGGAAAACCAGCAAAGGAUGUGAUUGAACUGGGCAACAGCUGGAAAUCAGAGGGAGACAGUGAUCCUGGUUGUCAGCCAGACACUCGUCCAGACAUCCACCCUGACUGCACCCCGGAAGAAGAGGAACGUUUCAACGCUCAGUGUGCUGAGGUCAUCCUCUCUGACCGUUUCAAGCCCUGCCACGCUCUGGUAAAACCAGAGGCUUUCCUGGGUAACUGCAUCUACGACAUGUGCGAGUAUGACGGCAUGCAGGCGACGCUCUGUGACAACGUGGAGGCGUAUGCUCAGGCCUGUCACAGCGCUGGAAUUACCAUCAGCUGGAGAAACAACACCUUCUGCCCCAUGCCCUGCCCUUCUAACAGCCACUACUCAGACUGCACUGCCCCCUGCCCCCCCACAUGCUCCGACCUCUUCCCCAUUUUCUGCCACCUUCCUUCAACCACCUGUGUGGAGGGCUGCCAGUGCAACGCUGGCUAUGUCCUCAGUGACGGCAAAUGUGUUCGUCUGGACCAAUGUGGCUGUCUGGACUCAAGCGGAGAGUACUAUGAUGUGGGAGACUCAUGGCUGACAGAUAAAUGUGCUGAGUCAUGCAAAUGUCACUCUGGUGGUGAAAUCAAAUGUAAGGACCACAAGUGUAAAUCAAACUCACUGUGCACUCUGGACAAAUAUGGAGACCUCCAAUGCCAACCCACUGAAUUCAGUACGUGCAGAGUCGCUGGGGAUCCUCACCACCGAACAUUUGAUGGUUUCACCCAUCAUUUCCAGGGUCCCUACACCUAUGUCCUGACUCAGACCAACGAUGAGCUUGACGAUUCCCUGUUGCCCCUAACGAUUCGGGGAAAGAACAUCAGACGUGGAGGGAACAAGAGGGUGUCGUUCCUGGAUGAGAUGUACAUUGAGGUUUACGGUGUUGACAUUCGCUUCCUGCAGAAAAACACUGUCCUGGUGAACGGGGAGCGUGUAGCACCUCCUCUCAGUCCAGUUGAUGGUUUGAGCAUCACUGAAAACUCCAAACAGGUGCAGCUCACUACUGCCUUUGGUCUCACUGUACGCUUCGAUGGCAAAAGUCGCGGAGAAAUCAUACUCCCCGGCACCUAUGAGAACGCUGUCAGAGGACUGUGUGGAAACUAUGACGGUAAUAAGAACAACGAGUACAUGAAGCCAGAUGGGACGGUGAUCAGGGACCUGGAAGACUUUGGAGAAAGUUGGAGGGUCAGUGACCGACAGGCUGAUCGACUGAGGAGCUAUGACCGCCCCGUCAAUGUCCAUAGUCACAGGCUGGUGCGGGAGACUGAACCAGAUUCAGGAUUUGAGACAACAGACUGCUCUUCAUCUCAGCUCAAUAACUACAACAGUGCGACUCAGUGUGGAGCCCUGUCUGAUCCCAAGGGUCCAUUUUCUACCUGCCAUACCAUCCUGCCACCAAAAAGCUUCCAGGAUGACUGUGUGUUUGACCUGUGUGCUGAGAGUGGCAGUACAGAACUGCGCUGUGCCAGUUACGACACAUACGCUGCAGCCUGUCAGGAGGCCGGAGUUACGCUGGGACCCUGGAGGCAACAGCUGGACUGUGUCCUCUCCUGCAGUGCCAACAGCAAUUAUUCCUCCUGUAUGUCACCUUGCCCUGCCUCCUGCGCUGACCUAUCAGCACCCUCUGAUUGCGACACCGUUACCUGUAUGGAGGGCUGCCAGUGUGCUCCAGGCUUCGUCAUGAGCGAGGGAAUUUGUGUUCCGUACACACAGUGUGGCUGCACCUUCCUCAACAGAUACUACCCUCUCAAAGAAAAGUUUGUCACUGAGGACUGUUCUCAGAGCUGUGAAUGCACCGCCACCGGUGCUGUGUGUCAGCCCAAGACCUGCCUGGAUGACGAACUGUGCACCAUCUUCAACUUCAAACGGGACUGCUAUAAAUCAACUCCCUGCCUCAGUAGCCCCUGUCUGAACGAAGGAACGUGUGUGGCGAACGGCAACGAUUACACCUGCCUCUGUAAAGAAGGCUUCGAGGGCAACAACUGUGAGAUUGAGAAAAUACCAGAUGAAGGACUAGACACCAAGUGGAUCAUCCUGAUCGCGGUCUUGGUUCCAGUCGCUGUCAUCAUCAUCGUGACCAUUGUUGUGUGUUGCUGCAGACGCAAAGCCAGGCAACGUAAGCUCGAAGAGAAAAAGCUCGGCAUGAAAUCAACAGGUGUUCCGUAUGCAAACAUGGAUAACCCCAAAAAGGAAAAAGUGACGGCUAUGUGA